CGGCCGGCGGAGCUCAGCAGUUGAAUCCUGUGAGUCCGGGCAAGUAGAACUAGUGGUUAGGUCGGUGCUAACGCGUUCAACGGCAAAGGGAGUAAAUCAUCUCGCCGCCAUCACAGAGAAAAAUCACAGUAUUUGUGGGUGAAUCGGAUUAAAAUAAAAGGUGAAAAAUCUAAACGGUUUCCGUUUCUCUUCCAACUUGUGGAAGAUCUUGAUUGUCGUGGGCAAGAUUUUUCAAUAAGGGAGGUCCGGUUCGAAGCGAGGCGAGCUGUCACUUCGAUCGCCAUUUUAGUGCCGGGAAUGCGCGCCGCCGUCGGCCGAAUUGUGUACGGCAGGACAGUGGACGCUGCUCGUGCGCGAUUCUGAGUUUUCUAGUGAUAACAGUACCAGACGACGUCAUCGUUGACGUCUUCGGGAGGCCGGUACUAAACGAAAGGACCAAGUCGAGGAACGACCUCAGUUAUUAGUGUAUUGUUUUGUUUAGCAGUGACGACGGCAGUUGGCACGUCCUGCAGCCAAGUGCAAGAAAGAAGGAUGAAGGAGUGAUAUAGAUAGUGAGAUAGAUUACAAGAGAGAAGAGAGAACCCGAAGUGUUAUUGCGUGUGUGUACAGCCGGCAUAUUUUGUGCGUGUGAGAAAAUCAGAAAGACAGCGGGAAAAAGCCGCGUGUGGUAUACGUUAUAAGUUUCGAGUUGAUCAACGGGGGGUGCUAGACUUCAUCCCAAAAAAAGGAAGUGUUACAUCUAAAACAAUUCAAGGAUAUCUGGAUAUAAAAAUUCUUCUACGAAUAGGAAUGCAAUAUUAAUCUCGACAAUAGAUUUUUCAAGAAAAUAAACAUCCUACCAAAAAAUUUAAAAGAAGAUUAUAUAAAAAAUUCGUCGCUAUUGGAGUAUUUAUCAAGUCCCCACUUAAAUGCUGUGCGGUUGACGUCGGAUGAAAGGAAGCAUCAGCGAACACGAUUUUGGUAGAGAAGAGCGGCUCAAGGAAGCUGCAGCAGCUUCCAAACGCCGUGCAGCGGAGUGGGAGAACGAAGAAGAGCUGCUCCCUUUAGGAUAGGAAGUAGCUUAUAGAAUGAACAUCUUUGGGAGCAUGCGAAGGAUGGCCGCUGAAAUAAAUAUCGCAAGGCGGCUUCCGCUUCUUCUUCUUCUUCUUCUUGUACUGCCAAGACUUCGAGGACAAAUGCACUCGACGCCGGACGUUGUUGUCAAUAAGUUUCAUGAUCCGGAAGUCGAAAGAAUGAACCAUCUUGUGGUUGACAAGAACACUGGCAGAGUGUACGUUGGAGCGGUGAAUCGACUCUAUCAGCUGGCUCCCGAUUUAAAUUUGGUCGUUAAAGUGGUCACGGGUCCGAAGAAGGACAAUCCCGACUGUUCGAUGAUGGAUUGUCCCAAGGAUGUUGAGAAGAAAUUGACUGAUAACGUUAAUAAGGCACUCGUCAUUGAUUACACCACUUCCAAACUCAUUUCCUGUGGCAGUCUCUUUCAAGGAAUGUGCACUGUUCGUAACUUGCACAAUAUAUCGGACGUUGUGCAAGAAGUACGUGAACCAGUGGUGGCGAACAAUGGCACCGCCUCAACAGUAGCGUUCAUUGCUCCAGGCCCUCCAAAUCCGCCAGUGUCUCAAGUAAUGUAUGUCGGCGUUACGUACACUGGGAAUUCACCUUAUCGAUCGGAAGUACCUGCGGUGAGUUCGAGGUCCCUCGACAAGGACAAGAUGCUCAACAUUGCUGAGUCCGCUGUAACAACUGGUACAAGAAUGUAUGUCAAUUCACUCUCACGUGAACGCUAUCCAAUCAACUAUAUCUACGGAUUCAGCAGCGAGGGUUUCAGCUAUUUUCUCACCACUCAGAUGAAGAAUACCGACACGUCGAAUUACAUUUCAAAAUUGGUUCGCGUCUGUCACGACGAUCAGCAUUAUUAUUCGUACACGGAAAUGCCGAUCGACUGCAUUGGCGAUGGGAAGGUUUACAAUUUGAUUCAAGCCGCGUACGUGGGCAAGGCGGGCUCCGAUUUGGCCUCCGAUCUCGGUAUCGUCGCCCAGGACGACGUUCUGUUCGCGGUUUUCUCCAUAAGCGAUGGACCAACGAGUCGUCCGCGUGCUCAAAGUGCAUUGUGUGUUUAUUCCCUCAAGGCCAUUAGACGGAAGUUCAUGAAGAAUAUUCAGAAGUGCUUCAGCGGCGAAGGUCAAAGAGGUCUUGGAUUCAUCUCUCCGAGUCAUCAGUGCGUACUUACGAAGCUGCACACCAUCGGGGAAGAUUUCUGCGGCCUCGACGUGAACACACCUUUAGGCGGUCAAGAGCCAAUGAUGGCGAUACCUGUUUUAACAUUUACAACUCAUCUUACUGCAGUGGCGGCGACCUCCACCAGUGAUUACACGGUCGUCUUCCUAGGCACGAACAAGGGUCAUCUCAAGAAGGUCGUGGUGGAGAGUUCGUCGGUGGCCCUUGAGUACGGUGACCUCGAGAUUGACGUCGACAAAGCAGUGAACUCUGACUUGCUCUUUGACUCACAAUUGAUGCACCUCUACGUUCUGACAGAGAAGAAGGUAUCAAAGGUGAAGGUCCAGGAAUGCUCAGUCUACAAGACCUGUUGGGAAUGUCUUGGCGCCAAGGAUCCAUAUUGCGGUUGGUGCUCAUUGGAAAAUAAGUGCAAUUUACGUAGCGAUUGUCAGGACGCUGCCAAGGAUCCACUCUAUUGGAUAUCGUACAAGAGUGGACGUUGCACAACAAUAACAACAGUUACACCCGAACAAUUGCAAAGAACAACGGCAAGAACACUUGAGCUUGUCAUUGAGAAUUUACCAACGUUAGCGGGACAAUUUUUGUGCGCAUUCUCCGCCCUUGACAAGACAUUGAUUACGAAUGCUACCAGGAAAUCCUAUGGAGUGAAUUGUACAACCCCAAGGACUGACCUUCUGCCAUCAAUUCCCGAAGGUCAACAUCAUUUCACCGCGAGACUAUCCGUGAGAAUGACCAAUGGUCCCGACCUGGUGGCAACUAAUUUCACCUUUUUUGACUGCAGUACACACACUUCAUGCACACAAUGUGUCUCGUCGAGUUUCCCCUGCGAUUGGUGUGUUGAUGCGCAUCGUUGCACUCAUGACACUGCUGAAAACUGUCGGAAUGACAUUCUCGUUACUGGUGUCAGCAGAAUGGGUCCGAGUUAUAGAAGUGGGCCAGGUUUUUGUCCGACCAUCAACUCGACUGACUCACAAGAAAUUUUAGUUUCUUCCGGUAUCAAGAAAGCAAUUCGUGUUAAGGUUCACAUUAUUGGCCAAUUCAUCAUUCAAACACGAUUUGUGUGUCAAUUUAACAUUGAGGGACGAGUGACUAGUGUAAAUGCCCGACUUUUGGCGGACACGAUUUAUUGUGAUGACACUGAAUUCUCGUACGCCUCACGAUCUCAGAAUAUCACUGUACCAUUCGCCGUUAUAUGGGGCGGUUCAAAGCCAUUGGACAAUCCUGACAAUAUUCACGUGGUGAUCUAUCGAUGUCGUGACAUGGCCGAUAAUUGCGGUAUGUGUCUUGCCCUGGCGCAGAAAUUCGGCUGUGGCUGGUGCCAAAGUUCGGACAGAUGCGAGGUCAAGGAUCAAUGCGAUCGCGGAGCUGGCGUUUGGCUCAACAGAAAUAUGACUUGUCCAAAUCCUGAGAUUCAUUCCUUCGAGCCAAUGAUGGGUCCUUGGGAGGGAAACACAAACGUCACGAUUCGUGGCAUUAAUCUGGGAAAAACUUUCGAUGACAUCUACGCUGGAGUCUCAGUUGCUGGAAUUCAAUGUCAACCGUACCGUGAAUUGUACGUGAGGACGAAGCAAAUAGUUUGUCGAGUCGACGGCCCAGGAACUUCAGAAUCGAGAGAAGGACCCGUAAUCGUGAAAAUCGAGGACUUCCGCGGCGAGUCAAAGUAUAAUUUCGAAUUCGUCGAUCCGGUGAUAACGGCAAUUGAUCCACAAGAAGGACCAGUGAGCGGUGGAACAACAGUGAGAAUCUACGGGAAAUAUAUGAAUGCAGGAAGUAAAAUUCAAGCACUAAUUGACAAUUUACCAUGUAUGAUAACCAGCACCGAACCGGGUGAGGCGCAAUGUAUGACAAGUGCAAGUGAACAACCAUUGAAUGGCACCUUGAGAAUGUUCUUCGACGAGGGUGUUCGUGAGUACAGUGGGAAAUUCCGUUACGUCGCCGAUCCGACAAUCGAGAGUGUCGAGAGUGGUGUCGGUGGGCAAGUGAAAAUACCAAAAGGCAUACCAGCCGGCGGUAUAAAAAUCUCCGUCACCGGUAAAAAUCUCGCCGUGAUAAGAUCGCCCCAAAUGUACGUUUACUUUGAUGAGAAAAUGUUUGUAUCAAGAUGCAUUGUUCUUUCGAACACGAGCAUGAUUUGUGAUUCGCCACUCAUUGAAAUACCGGAUCUCCUGACACUCGACGCCGAGAAGCCAUUGUCACUCGAAUAUGGUUUUAGAAUGGAUAAUGUGACUGGUGUGCAGAAUUUAUCGCAAGUAUUGUCCAAUCAUUUUUUGCUUUAUCCGAAUCCAAUUUACGAUGUAUUUGACGAGGAGGUGAAAUAUUAUAAGAGCGAUUAUUUGACGAUCAAUGGGCAGCAUCUCGAUCGUGCCUGUCAGGAGUCGGAUGUCGUGGUGCAAAUUGGCAACAGUUAUUGUAAUGUGACUUCAUUGUCGAGGCAACAGCUCACUUGUAGACCGCCAGAGAGUCAACCGCCGGCUAUUGAUCUCGAGGGUCUGCCGUCUAAGGAACUGCCCGAAGUCGUUGUUAUUGUUGGAUCAAAAUUGAGGUUUAAAAUUGGAAAAUUGAGUUACGCUUUGCCGGCGGGUCUCAAUGGACCGCUGUCGAAACCGGCGUUGAUUGGUGUGAUUGCGGCGAUUGUCAUUUUGGUCUUUGUGUUUAUCGCCUUCCUGAUUGCGUACAGACGAAAAUCGACAGAGAGCAAUCGAGUUUUGAAGAAUAUGCAGGAGCAAAUGGAUAUAUUGGAAUUGAGGGUCGCUGCCGAGUGUAAGGAGGCUUUCGCCGAAUUGCAGACCGAGAUGACAGAUUUGACCGGCGACUUGACUAGCGGAGGAAUACCUUUCCUCGAUUAUCGAACAUAUGCGAUGAAAAUUCUCUUUCCAAAUAUGGAAAAUCAUGUUGUUCUUCAGUGGGACAGACCGGAAUUGGCGAGAAAGGAAAAGGGUCUUCGUUUAUUCGGACAACUCAUCAUGAACAAAACUUUCUUACUCCUAUUUGUGCGAACUCUCGAGAGCAAUCGUUAUUUCACCAUGAGGGAUCGUGUCAACGUUGCAAGCCUAAUAAUGGUCACUCUGCAGAGCAAAAUGGAAUAUUGCACCGAUAUUCUGAAAACACUACUCGCCGAAGUUAUCGAAAAAUGCAUGGAGGGAAAGAGUCAUCCGAAAUUAUUACUCAGAAGAACCGAGAGCGUUGCGGAGAAAAUGCUGUCUGCUUGGUUUACUUUUCUGUUGUAUAAAUUCAUGCGAGAGUGUGCAGGCGAACCAUUGUACAUGCUCUUCCGUGCGAUGAAGCAGCAAGUCGAUAAAGGGCCCGUAGAUGCUAUCACAUCAGAGGCAAGGUACUCCUUGUCGGAAGAAAAGUUAAUCAGACAAUCUAUUGAUUUUAAACACAUGACCGUCUAUGUGUCUAUUUCACAACAGACAGUAUUCGUGGGCGGAAUGGAUCCAAAUACAGAAAAUGUUCCCGUUAAGGUUUUGGAUUGUGAUACAAUUUCUCAGGUUAAGGAAAAAUCGCUCGAUACGAUCUACAGAGCAACGCCCUACAGUCAAAGACCCAGGAAGGACGAUCUUGAUUUGGAAUGGAGAACAGGCGCCUCUGGAAGACUGAUUCUCUACGACGAGGAUUCAACGACAAAAACGGAAUGCGAUUGGAAGAAGAGGAAUACAUUGAAUCACUAUCGUGUACCAGACGGUGCAUCGCUUAAUCUUGUCUCGAAACAAUCCUCUAUUUAUAAUCUAUCAAUAUUAUCGGAGAAAACUGACAAAUCACAUAAAUAUGAGACAUUAAAUCUUAGUAAAUUUAAUUCAGCGAGUCCACCACUGUCACGUGCAACGUCGCCAUUAAAUCAUGAUCACGAUGGUGGUUUAAAGGUUUGGCAUCUCGUUAAACAUCACGAUUCGGACGCACAAAAGGAAGGCGAACGUGGUAAUAAAAUGGUUUCGGAAAUUUAUUUGACAAGACUGCUGGCAACGAAGGGUACCUUGCAGAAAUUCGUGGACGACUUAUUCGAGACGAUAUUCAGUACGGCACAUCGUGGCUCUGCAUUGCCGCUUGCCAUUAAAUACAUGUUCGACUUCCUUGACGAUCAGGCUCUUCAUCAUGGCAUAUCCGACCCCGAAGUGGUUCACACGUGGAAGAGCAAUUCUCUACCGCUUAGGUUUUGGGUCAAUCUCAUUAAGAAUCCAAAUUUUGUUUUUGACAUUCACAAGUCAAAUAUCGUUGACUCGUGUUUAUCAGUUGUGGCGCAAACAUUCAUGGACAGUUGUUCUACAUCUGAUCAUAGAUUAGGCAAGGACUCGCCGAGUUCGAAGCUGCUCUACGCCAAGGACAUUCCAGUGUAUAAAGAAUGGGUGGAGCGCUACUACUCCGAUAUAAAAAUCAUGCCUGCCAUUUCCGACCAGGAUAUGAAUGCCAUGCUCGCCGAAGAAUCUAGAUUGCAUACAACCGAGUUCAAUACGAAUUGCGCACUCUAUGAACUUUACACGUAUGCAGGAAAGUACAACGAACAACUGAUAGUGACCCUCGAGGAGGAUGAAUUCUCGCAGAAACAGAGGCUGGCGUACAAGCUCGAACAGGUUCACAAUAUAAUGGCAGCUGAUGCCAAUCCCUGAUGCCCCAUGAACUCAGCAAAGUACCUAACGAAACCACGUCAGGAGCUACCUUGCUGAGUCAUGACGAUAAGCAUUGUCGAUAAAUUGCCAAGCGUACUGGCGGCCUAUUACUGCUUUAAUCGCUCGGGCCAGUUCCUCCUCGAACCAAGUUCUUCAACGAACGAACGAACGAAGAAAGAGAGAGGAGAAGACUACCAAGUUGUUGGUAAAUAAAAAAGAUGGUGCAAGAGUGAAGCACCAAAAGAAUCAAGAAAAUAAGUAGAUAAACUAAGUCUUAUUAAGCUAUUACGGCCGUGCUUUCAAAAGUCUGGAGAGGAGGAUCGUCGCAUUUGUAUGCAUUUUGAAACAGGGUCAAGAAAGAUCUUUUUUUUUCUCUCAAAACUUUUUUUUUAUUCUUCCUUCGUUCCAUGUGCAAACAUCAUCCCCCCCCCAAAUAGAGAUUGAAUCACGACUCGUGUUUACAGUCUUCUUGAUGGCCGCUGGUUGGCAGGUGUGUGAAAAACAAAAGCAAAUGUGGAAAUUUCACAUUAACGCGCAAUUGUAAAUAAUAAUUAUAGAAACACGAUAUCGUACUAGGAUACUAAUUGAAAUGCUCACCACCCCGGCGGUAGCGGCCCCCAUAAAUUUCACGUCUGAAAAGCACGCGAGAAACGAUUUUUAUCAAAAUAUUUGAACAAAUUUUUGUAAAUGUGUGCGACAUCGGCGCGCUUUUUUUUUAGAAGAAGAAACGAAAAGAAAUUUCCAUCCAUCGUUAUUACAAAAAAAAAAAAAUAUCCGGGGCUCACGACGGGGCUCACGGAAUUACGAGAUAAGUAGCAAUAAGCUAUUAUUGAAAUAAUUGAUAUGAAUAUUAAUAUUAAUAAUAUUAUUAUAUAUAUAUAUAUGAAUGGUAUGUCAUAUGUAUAUGUGUACAUAUAUACACUAUAGACCGUCGCAGCGCAUGUGUAUGUAUAUAUUCUUUUCUCUCCCCAUUCCCUGCCCCCUGAAAAAAAAAUCGAAUUCCCCUCUUUAUUAAAUCUUUUUGUGCAUCCAAUUUACACGCGAAAUAUGCGUUAAUUUGGGGAAAAAAUACACAAAUACAAAUAAAAGUAUAAAUAUAUAUAUAAAUAAAUAAAAUAUAUAUACGUUUAAGAAAUGAAAGGAGAAACAAAGAUGCAUUUUUUGCGCAAAAUGGAAAAAAAACGGAGAACAGACUGUUCAUUAGAUUAUAGGAUAUUAUUGUAUCUGGACUAUGGCCGCGCGCGCGCGAGGCCAGUUCAAUAUGACGGUUGUGUUGAGUGUGCGUGCUUCCCCCCAUUCCCCCCCCCCCCAAUUUUUUGGUACCCGGCCUAAGAAAUGUUCCCUCGAAACGCUUCUUUUCUCAUAAUAAUUUCUUUAUUAAUACUGUCAAUUACUAAUUCCAAUUUUUUCUUUUUUCAUUUUAUUUUUUCUAUUUUCUUGUUUUGUCUAUUUCUUGACACAUUCCUCCAGUAUAUAAUAUACAAUUUUUUAUAUUAUUACUGUGUGUAUAUAUAAAUAAUAUAUCGAAUUUAUUUUCUAUUUUGUGAUUUUUUGUUAUGAGAGAGAGACUGAAAUAUUCAAGACAAGAAGAUUUUAGAGGAACAGAUGCUUUUUUUAUAAUUCUACCUACUCAUUGAUGAACAAUGAGAAUAGACGCUCAAAUUUUUUUCUUUUCUGUGCCAAUUUUUUAAAAAAAUUUUUUCAUCUCUUUUUGCAAAAAUUUCUGUAACAAUGAUUCUCAGUUUAGAAUCAAAGUUUUGCAGUUUUACUUUAUUUUUGAUUUUUAUAGGUAAUAAAAAUUUUCGAUACAUUUUUUUUGGAGUUAUAAGACUUUUUUUGCAAAGUAAAGCACAAAAAAAACUGCCAUUUAAAUAAAAAUGAUGCCAAAUAUACAGUUAAUCGGAAAAAAGGCAACUUUCCUCUUGAGAGAUUUUUUUCUAUAUAAUUUCUUUUAGAUUUAGAUAAUUUAGACAAAUUAGACAAUCUUUACGAUUAGUUGAUAAAAAAGAAUGUGCGAUUUUUCUACUGGGAGUUUUUUAAGUAUACGAAAAGAAGUCGACAAAAAAAGUAAAAUCAAGUUUUUUUACAAAGUUUUGUAUUUAUUGCAAAUGGUAAAUUGUUUUAAGCAAAUUUAGUUACGAAUAACAUUUCUAUGGGUAAAACAUUUUCAAUAAAAUGUAAGGGCAAAAAAUUAAGGCGAUUUAUAGGAAAUCAUGUAAAAUGCAGUGGAAAAAAGUCAUCGGAUGAUUAUUGUUAAGCAAAUAUUAUUAAUUUUUAGAAAUAUAUAUAUAUACAAUUUUUAAAUAUUACUGUUUAGGAAUAAAUCUUUUGCUAUUUUAACAAACGUUUUAUUUAAAACAAAAUUUUUUUAAUAAAAUCUAUUUUAGUGAAAUUUUUCUUUUUGAAAUCUUUCUUUAAUAAAAUUUUUUUAGAACUAAAAUCGUUUCCACAAUUGAAAUCUUGAAACUGAUUCGAAAGUCCUAAUUAGAUAAAUAAAAAGCGUUUCGUCUGUACAUUCCCGGCUUCCAAAAACUCCAAAAUAUUCCAUUAAUUUCAUCACGUUAUAUAUCACCUAAUCGACGUUAUUAUCUGCCAUAAGUCAUCAUCAACAUUGUUGCUAUCACGUCAUUGCCAUUUAUCAUAUAAUAAGGUAUACUAACGCGCAAAGGCUCUUUUUAUCCUCCGAGGUGCGAAUACCUCAAUUUUUGUAAAAUGUUUAUUCCCCCCCAAAAAAGCGAAAGAAAUGAAAAAUGAUUUCUUCAUCAUUCCCAUUUAAAAAAAUUGCCUUGUAUCACUUUCCCUGUCUUCAAAAAAAAAAAAAAAAAAAAAAAACUGCUUCAACGCCUCCGUCGUCAUGUUGUUGUCGCUCUUAAUUAAUAAUUGUAAUAUAAUAACGAAUAAUGAUCACUGUUGAGUAUUUGUCUGAUUGUAAUACAUUGAUAUCAAAUUGAUAUGAAUUGAUAAUCAUUAAUUAACGUGACAUUACUCCGUGAAUGUAAAACCAUAUUGGUAUGAAUGUAUGAAUGAAAUAAAAUAAUGAUUGUGCGUUUAAAAAAAAAAAAAAACUAAUGACUGUCCUGUGCGUCAAUUCAAUGUGCAAGUCGUACGUGGAGAAAGUAUUUAUUGCUCAAAAAUAUCGGGAAGAAUCGGGAGAUUUCUAAAUGGAAAAAAAUAUAGAGAUGGAGAGAAUAAGAAAAAAAAGAAAAAAAAACUCAGAGCUAAAAGAAAGUCACGAAAUGGAACGGAGGUAUAGUAGGGUAGAAAGUGAAAAA